AUUAUGGAUCCUAUCAUUUACUCUGUUUAUCGCCUCAUCCUGAUGGUGGCAACGCUGGGCCAUGGAAUUCUGCCCAUGCCCGUCCCCACUGACAUACCCAUGUGCACAGCUUCAGAGCCAGCCCAGUACAAUCUCACCUUUACUGGGAAGUGGAGCCAAUCAGCUUUCCCCAAGCAAUAUCCUGUGUACCGCCCCCCUGCACAGUGGUCUAACCUGGUUGGGGUAACCCACAGCUCUGACUUCCACAUGUGGCAGCGUAAUGACUUUGCCAGCAACGGAGUGAGGGAGUUCAGUGAGAAGGGAGAGGCCUGGACCCUCAUGAAGGAAGUGGAAGAGGCGGGAGAACGCAUCCAAAGUGUUUACGGCAUCCUCUCUGCGCCGGCUGUUGUGGGAGGAACUGGCCACAUGAGCACUGAGUUUGAGGUGGUGGCCAGGCACUCCUAUCUGUCCUUUAUUGUGCGCAUAGUUCCGAGUCCAGACUGGUUUGUGGGUGCAGAUAGCAUAAGCCUGUGUGAUGGUGACCAGUGGAAGGACAAUGUGUCUCUGGAGCUUUACCCCUAUGAUGCUGGGACUGAUAGUGGCUUUACCUUCUCUUCCCCCAAUUUUGAAACCAUUCCACAGGAUAAAAUCACAGAGAUUACAUCUUCUUUUCCAAACCACCCCGCCAACUCAUUUUACUAUCCCCGACUACGGCACCUGCCACCUAUUGCCAAAAUCACAUUAACUAAAAUAAAGAAAAGCAAUCAGAUCAUCAAUCUGCCAAUGGAGCCCACCCAGUCCAACCAACUUCCAACUGGAAAUGAAAUUGAAGAGAAACUUAUAAAUACUCCAUUGGACUGCGAGGUGUCAGUGUGGUCUCCCUGGGGCUUGUGUAAAGGCAAGUGUGGAGAAUCAGGUGUGCGACACCGCACUCGCUACGUCCUUAUGCACCCAGCCAACAAUGGAGCAGCCUGCCCUCUGCUGGAAGAGGAGAGAAAAUGUUCCCCAGAUAACUGCUUAUGACUAAGCCAGGAAAAGGGGGAAAGUAAGGAGAGG